CAACUUUGAUACCAUCUUAUUCCAUAUCAUAUUAGAGUCACCUUAUAUUUCUCCUAAUGCUUGUACUCCUACCUUCUCCUUAAAUAUGUUUUACUUUCUAUCUAUUAACUUUCAUCACUUAAUUUUAGGAGUUGUUUAUAUUUUUCUUUUAAUGAUACUAUAAUUGAGGUGUAUAUCCAACACUACUAUUAUAUACCAUACUAUGGCUCGGUGACUAAGGUGUCGUUCGUAAGGACCAUAAGAUGUUGGGUAGUUCUUCCACUCAAGUUCCUCCACAAUGCUUCAACUUAAUCUUCAAGUCUUGCACCAACUCUCGAUUAGUGACUUUCGUUUGCCUAUUGCUCUAAGAAUAUGCCACAAACUUUUAGUCAUGUUUCAUCUUUAAUUCUCGACACUAGUCCUGCAUUUUUCUUCCUUGAAACUGUUAUCCAUUAUCUAAUAGUAAGUGCCGAGGAAUGUCAUAUCGGCAUACAAUAUUUCGCUAUAAAAAUUUCAUCAUUGUCUGUUUGAUGAUAUAAGUGACCGGCUUGGCUUCGACCCAUUUAGAAAUAUAAUCAACAACCACAAUUAAAAAUUUCUUUUGCACUGUGUUAAGUGGGAAAGGUUUGACUAUAUCCAUUCUUCAUUAAUGGAACGGGCAAGCAACCUUCAUUAGUUCGGCCAGUUGCGUAUGCCAAGUGUGGUGUCGACAACUUUCAUAAGUCUUCAUCAAUUGCGUCACACCUUUUUGCAAAGUGGGCAGACUAGAAAUAACUAGCCAACAAUGUCUUCCGACUGAGCGAGUUGCUACCCAUCUUGAAAGGAGGGAAAAUUCCUCUUAUUAACGUUUAAAGAAGAUGCUUUUCGCUAAAUGAUUUCACUCAAAACAAUCUUUUUUCGGGCUUGGAUCUUGAGAAAUGACUGAUCGUGAGGAUGAUCUUGUCUCUAUAGUGUCGGGAAACAUUGAAUUGCCAAGAUUUACGGCCAGGAGCGUAUCGAUGUCUAUCCCACCCUCCUUUGCCAUUGAGGAUACCUUUAUAUCUCAUACUGGUCCUCUGCGUAUCCGGAAGGUUCCUGAGAUUAGUACUGUAAGUGGCCCUUUGAGUAGGAAUACGAGGCAUGGAGUUACCAGAGUGCAAAGUAGAUCAAAUGCUGGUACACCUGAAGUAUUUGGCAUUGAUGAUUCCUCUUAUGGUGGUGAUGUCAUGAGACAUGAACAUUUGCUGAUGUCUGGGCCUUUGGGACUGUGCAACAAUCCUGAUUGCACUGAGUGCCCUGCAGCUUAUAAAACCAAAAAGGCAUUUCUAAGAAGUUCUAUAUCUCUGGAUAAAAAGCUUCAUGACAUUCUAUAUGGGGAUAAUCAUAGCUGGGCUGAAAAAUGGGUUUCGCGGCUGAAUUCAUUUUUCCCGAUUAUGAAUCCUCAUACUAGAGUUGUUCAACAGUGGAACCAGUUCUUUGUAAUAUCUUGCUUGGUUGCAAUCUUCAUCGACCCACUGUUUUUUUUCUUGUUAUCUGUAAAGGAGGAAGAAAAAUGCAUAGUUUUCAACUGGUCUUUGGCAAUUGGAAUUGCUGUUGUACGGAGUGUGACUGAUUUCAUUUACUUGUUACACAUGAUUCUUCAGUUUAGACUUGCAUAUGUUGCUCCUGAAUCUAGAGUGAUCGAUAUUGGGGAUCUAGUUGAUCAACCUAAGAAAAUUGCUCUUAAUUAUCUUCGUGGAUACUUUUUCUUGGACUUGUUUGUUGUAUUGCCACUUCCUCAGGUAAUGAUAUUGGCAAUGAUACCAGAUUAUGUGGGGCCAUCAGCAGCAUAUUUUGCCAAAAAUCUUUUACGUGUAACUGUUCUCCUCCAAUAUAUCCCUCGGAUAAUCAGAUUUGUUCCAUUGCUUGGUGAGCAAUCUGCAACUGGUUUCAUAUUUGAGUCCGCAUGGGCAAACUUUGUCAAUAAUCUUCCUAUUUUUGUAUUGGUUGGACAUGUGGUUGGUUCAUGUUGGUACCUCUUUGGCUUACAGAGAGUAAAUCAGUGUCUGCAGGAGGCCUGUACUUCACAGUUUCUAAAUUGUAAAACUUUGAUAGAUUGUGGUCGUGGUGAUGUUGAUGAAGGACAAAGACAAAUGUGGGUUAAUGAUUCCAAUUCUAGUUCUUGCUUUGACAUUGUUGAUGGAACCUUUAGAUAUGGGAUUUACCAACAAGUUGUUUUGCUAAGCACUCAGCCUAACGUUGUACAAAGAUAUAUUUAUGCUCUAUUUUGGGGUUUUCAGGUUCGCAUUUUCUCCCUAAUGGACGAACAAAUGUUAGAUGCCAUAUACAAGAAGUUAAAGCAAAAGGUGUACAUUAAAGGAAGUGACAUCUUUUAUAAGGGAGGGCCAGUUGAAAAGAUGGUUUUCAUAGUCUCUGGAAAAUUGGAAAGUAUUGGAGCAGAUGGAAACAUAGCCCCCUUAGCAGAGGGUGAUGUAUGUGGCGAGGAGCUCCUUACGUGGUAUCUUGAGCACACUUCAGUAACUAGAGAGGGUGGGAGAAUCCAAUUCCCAGGAUCACGGUCGUUAUCAACUCGAACUGUUACAUGUCUAACCAAUGUUGAAGCUUUUGCACUCCAUGCUGCCGAUCUAGAAGAAGUCACUACAUUGUUCUCCCAGUUCUUGAGAAACCCACGCGGACAAGGAGCUAUUAAGUAUGAAUUACCCUAUUGGAGAAAAAUGCCUGUGACACGCUGUCAAGUGGCUUGGAGAUACCGGCAGAAGCAUUUGAAGCGCGCUAGCAUCACAAACAAUUUGUCUGCUAAUCACACAGCUCGACGCUGAACAUGGAUUAUCUUCAGCUGCAAAUGCUAUACCUGUCAUUUAUGCCCAUAAUUAUAUACUAGGCUUUUUGAAGCAUGGUCUUCUACCUCCACAAUUUCCCUCAGGAUUUCCGUGGAUCAGGAUUCAAGGUAGCAUGAAAAUUUUGAUGAAUCUCUCUCACUUGUGAUGCCUGCCAUUGUUUAUAUGAAUAAGGUUGAUGUCAGACUAGUAUUUUGUUGUCUUAUCUCCCUGAUGGUUGAUGUAUUCAUGUGCAUCCCAUAUGCCUCAAUCAGGUUUAAACUUGAAGACUGUUAUCGGGCUAUGAUUGUCAAUAAACAAAAAUCUUUGAGUGGAGAAAAUCAAUUAUAGCUA